AUGCCGGGUCCAACAAUCGAAGCAGACUGGGGAGACACCGUGAUCAUUCACUUGCGCAGUAGCCUGCCACCAAAGAUCAACAACGGAACAAGCUUGCAUAUCCAUGGACUCCGUCAACACUUCACCAAUCCGAUGGACGGGGUAGUGUCUGUUACGCAAUGUCCUCUCGCACCUGGGAAUGUAAUGAGCUACCGGUGGAGAGCGACACAGUACGGCACGACGUGGUACCAUUCUCACAUCGGACUUCAGACCUGGGAAGGUGUUUAUGGAGGUGUUAUCAUCAACGGGCCAGCCAGCAGCAACUACGAUGAGGAUAAAGGGGUGAUCUUGCUUUCAGACUGGGAUAUCAAUACCGUGGACCAGCUCUGGACCCAAGCACAGACAGUCGGUGCACCUCAGCUCGACAACGGCCUCAUCAAUGGACACAAUGUCUUCGGAGGUGACAAUGGCUCAAUCCAGACAGGAUACCGGUACAAUACCUCCUUUGUCCCGGGGACUUCAUACCGGCUUCGUGUGACAAAUGUCGCUUGCGAUACUCAGUUCAAAUUCAGUAUAGAUCAUCACACUCUGACGGUCAUAUCUAUGGAUUUUGUUCCAAUCAAACCCUACAAAACUACUGUAAUCAAUAUCUCAAUUGGCCAGCGCUACGAUGUGAUUGUGCAAGCAGACCAAGAAUCAAUCGCAAACUCCUUCUGGCUCCGCGCCAUCCCACAGCUAUCAUGUUCGACAAAUAGCAACGCAGAAAACAUCCGCGGCAUCAUCAACUACGGAACAGGAUCCGCAACCUCGCUCCCAAAUACAACAAGUUACACUAUAACAGACACCUGCGAAGAUGAACCCGCAUCAAAGCUAUCCCCAAUAAUCUCCAAAGAUCUUUCCCUCACCGCAUCCGAUUUCUACUACAACGAAGACCUUCCCGCCUCCGUAGCCCAGAACGAGAACUCCGUCUUCCGCUGGUACCUGAACGGGACAUCUAUGCAGGUGACAUGGUAUCAGCCAACGCUAAUGGACUUCGUCGACAAGGGUCAGGGGUACUACGGCGGAGCCGUAGAGCCGCCGGAUCCAACGCAGCCCAGCCGAGCGGUAAUCUCCGUCCCCAAAGCCGAAACUUGGGUACUUGUGAUAAUAGAAACGACCGUACAAGCCCCGCACCCGAUACAUCUGCACGGGCAUGAUUUCCUAGUUGUUGCGCAGGGGUCUGGGGCCUGGAACGUCGACACAAACACACUGAAUCUAGACUAUGCGGCCGGAUCACUUCCGAAACGAGAUACUGCACUACUUCCUGCACUGGGGCAUCUGGUGCUGGCGUUCCGUACGGAUAAUCCUGGUGCGUGGCUGAUGCAUUGUCACAUUGGGUGGCACAUUGAUCAGGGAUUUGCGUUACAGUUUGUUGAGCGGGAGGACGAGAUUAGAGGGAUGUUGAAUGUUUAUGGGAAUGCGUUGGGGGGUUGGUGGGAGUAUGGGAAGGCGAUGAAAGAGAAUUGUGAUAUUUGGAAUCGGUAUGACCCUGGCGGUCAGAUAUUGGUGAAUGGGGCUGGGAUUUAG